UACUUUCCUCCCUCGCUUCCUCUCCACCUCCCUCUCUCUUCACCUUCAUCUCGGUCCCUCCUUCUCUUCCUCCUCCUCCUCCUCCUCCUUCUCUUCCUCCUACUCUUCCUCCUCUUCCUCCGGCUGUUGUUGCGCCGCCGCUGCUGGCGCUUCUGCUGCAGCUCGCGACUUCCAGAGAGCCUCGCCUCCGGCACAACAAGUCCGCCCUCCGGUCCCCCCCUAUCCUCCUCCUCCCCCGACCCGCCACCAUCCACCCCUCCGCCCUCCUCACCGGCCGGGGGACGCUCGUCUCGCUCGCCGUAAAUGCGAUGUGAUAAAUGGGCCGCGCAGGAUGUGAAGCCCCGCAAGAAGAAGAAGCAGCAGCAGCAGGAGGAGGAGGAGGAGGAUGGCGAAACCGGGCUUGUCUGCGGCGGCGCUGCCGCUGCUCUUGCUGGGCUCCCUCCUCUCGGCUUCCUCCGUUAAAGCCGACGCUGCGCUGUCAGCUCCGCUCAAUGUGACCAUCAGAGAGCUGGAGGUCAACUCGGCUGUGGUGACGUGGGAGAUCUUGGAGGGAGAUCCCGUCAUCGGAUUCGCCAUCACGCAACAGAAGAAGGAUGUGCGGAUGUUCAGGUUCAUCCAGGAAGUGAACACCACCACCCGCUCCUGCGCGCUGUGGGACCUGGACGAGGACACCGAGUACAUCGUCCACGUCCAGACCAUCAGCAUGGGAGGCAGCAGCCCCCCCAGUCAGCCCGUUCUCUUCAGAACGCCAAAAGAGUCGGAGAAAAUGGCGUCCAAGAGUCCCGAUGAGGUGACGAUGGAGGAGGUUGGUCAGGCUGCCCAGCUGAGGGCCGGAGAGCUCAUCAUCAUUGUUGUGGUGCUCGUCAUGUGGGCAGGGGUGAUCGCCUUGUUCUGUCGUCAGUAUGACAUCAUCAAAGACAACGAGCCCAACAACAACAAGGACAAAGCCAAGAACUCAUCAGAGUGCAGUACACCGGAGCACCCACAGGGGGGGUUACUGCGCAGCAACGUCUAGGACCAACCUUCUGUCGCCUUUUGCAAUAACCAACCUAAGACCUCAGGACGGACCUGAGACCAACAGAAAGCCAUUCUCAGAAAAAGAACAAAAAAAAAGGACAAAAAAACAUUGCCGAAUAGAUCAAACCAACAAAGGAAUCUUCUCGACACAACGGAGCGAGCUCUGCAAACGUGCAAAAUCAAAGGCUACAAGCAGCCGAACCGGAAACGGCGGACUGUCGCCUCCCUCCUGCUGAUCCACGGCGGACUCUUGACCGGAGCUGCCCGAUUCACACAGUUUUGUUACUCUUCGUCGGUGGCAUGGAAUCCCCCCUGACCCUUCUGCCCUGGGAGUGUUGAUUGUCGAAUGUGAAUGUCAAACUCAACGUGUGGACGCCAGCUCCAAGGUGGCGGGAAGUGGAGAUCGGCUGGUCCAGGAGCCACUGUUUGAUUUCCAAGAACCAGCUUUUACAGUUUUUCGGGAGACCUCUACAGCACACCAACAGAGCAGGUACCAGGCACCGCUCAGCCUGAGAAUGUGGAAGACUCUGGGUUCAGCUGCGAGAACUACGUGUGAGGAGAGGAA